UUGCAAACUACACACCAGUUUUGUAUUCAUAAAAGGCUAUGGAACAAAAUGGUGCUGUCUUAUAGGCCUGUAUAAAAUCUUUGUCUUGUGGGGAGUAAAAAAUCCAUAGUAAUUCACAAUUAAACUAGAACAACACUACAAGUUGAGCGUUCCCAUAAGCCUGAAAAAUACUUUGAUGGGAAAUGGGAACUCGAGCGUAACUUAACAAUGCCAUGUAUGUUGACCGUAUAUGAAAUACUCCCAUCAACGACCUUGGCAGCUGCGAAAGGCGUUGCUGCUAAAUAUGUCGUGAGUUGGUAGAAUAAAUGGAUUGUUCGUUCUCUGUGCGCCUUAUGCUAUCGAGAUACAGAUGAGUCAGCUUGGACGAACCGUUUUCAGCACCGGUAAAACGGUAGAGCCUACACGUUCAAAAUUGACUCCCUAAGUUCUAACACGCAAAAAUCAUAGCCUCGGCAUCACCAGAUACCCUCGGUCCGAAGGAGCAACAUGACAGCUAGAACGUACCUGACUAUAUUGAGUGUCCUGUCCAAAUGGACAGGCCUAGUGCUCGGUGACUUUCACGUCUGCUGUCCUACCUGUUCCAGUCACGCAAUCGACCCCCUGAAUGCCGAUCAAGUCCGGCAGGUUAUGAGCAGCAGCGCCUUCCUCGAGGAGAUCGAGCAGAACCCGCUUCUGCUCCUGCAGGACGAGGCACGCCAGAGGCCGAUCGUCAACUUCACCAGCCGACAGGAGGAGCAGAUGCUGCUGAACUUCCCUCAGCUGUUCCGGACCCAGGCGGAGUUUGCCGAGUCCCAACUUACUAGCGGCACGGUCACCGUGUUGGCUGCGGCGAACAGUACGCGGAGGCGUCGGGCGGAUGAGCCCCCUCGGGUCUGCCCCUCGGUAUCGCAGACGAUGGCGUUGGUAGUCAUGUACCGACCGGAUGGCCAAGUCGUCCAGUUAGGACAGCCCCAGGGAGUCAACCAGUGGAUACUGAACGAAGUGUGCGACACCACCGUGAGCGCGCUCCUGGCGACUGGCCAAGAGUGCGGGGUGAUCAGCCGUCACGUCCUGGCGCUGUUCGUCAACCUGAGCGAGAUCAAACGGACGGGGGGCCGGGAUAGCAGUCGAGCUUUCGACUUCGCCGAGGUGGUUGUGCAAAGCUGCGUGACACUUGCACCGUGACACCGCGCCGGUUUCCCCCGUCAGUUCAUUUCCUCCGCUAACGCGUCAGGGGGGGGGGAUCCAGAACCGUUUUUUGAGGGAUGGGUGCAGGAGAGUUGGGAAUUUUUCCUGUAACUUGCAUGGUCUUCUUGGAGAAUGAGGUUGCAUUUCAUGAGGCCUUUUGCAAGGAAGAAGGGGAAAUGAAAUUUGUCUUUUUUGUAUGAAUAUUUUCUUUACAUUUUGUUCUGGGGAGAGAUGGGCCUUUCUCUUUUAGAACUGUCAUUAGAGCACGUCAAACUAUGGAAUUACAACUGUUUGUACACAAACGUUAUCAGAUUUAUACUUUCUUGCGCCAAUAAAACUGUAAUUUGCUAAUGCAUCGAAGAAAUGUUCUCCUUUUCCAAAAUUUCAUAGAGAUGUGAUUUUAAUUAAACGGUUCUGUGAGUGUUUUUGAUGGUAUUUUCUUGGGGGGGGGAAGGAAUCCAUUGUUUUAGCAGCUGCCUAUACGGACCUUCGUUACUCAAAUACAUUAUCUGUGGUAGGAAACCAGACUUGCCGGCUUGAAGUUCAAAGCACUUUAUUACAGACACCAAUGACGUCAUUCAUGGGUAUCAGCAAAUCCCAACACCAGCAAACAGUAGAAGUGUAACGUCCCUUCAGUAUUUCAAAAUCACGCCCACUUCACAUGGAGUUACAUGGAAUCAUUGAACCGGAGGUUAUUGUACCAUUUACAGUGUUAAUCGAAUUUGAGCUUACAGUCAGUGGUGCGUGCGUGGGUAUGACGAAGUUACUAUCAUUAGGCAUGAAUAAUACCUUGGCUGGUAAUUUUAAUUCAUUUUUAAAAAGGGAAGUUGGUGGCAGCUAAAAGGAUCAUGACACCAGGAAGUGUGAGUGUUCUCCCUGUUUACGCAACAACGAGAUUUUCCAUCUUUCGGAGGCUUAAAAGGAAUACCAGGUUGCAGCUGGAGGGGGAACGACUUUUCACAAAGAAGACGGUUAACAUGAAUGAUUUCACCCCAGACUUAUAAAUAUCAUUGCCGUCAUUAACUUUCCCCCGAAAACCCAGCGUCUUUGCGAACAUUAUAAAAGCCACACGGGCUACAUGGGGCACCUACAUUCUUGGCAGUCUUACCGAAGAGGCUUGACACGAGACGAUCAGUAAAACCUCUCUCUCUCGCUACUUGGACCAAGAUUAUAUUUCUGAAGACAGGAGACCAACCCUAUCCUAAUUUUUAAAAAAAAUGGCAUUCGGCACGUUUUCAGCCCUCAUUCUCACCGCUAUGAUAGCGGGAUGUUUUCCUCAGGGCCUUUGGCGACUUCGACCAGGUCUCCCCUCUCCGUCCUGCUCCAUUUCCCUUGAGGCGAGUCAAAUCCAGCAGGUUAGGGAAAAUCGAGACCUCGUCCGACUGCUCGAGAAGAACCCCAGUUAUCUAAAAAGCUCGCAGCAUCAACACCCCAUAGUGACGCUGACGUACCGGCAGAAGCGCCUUCUUCUCAGGCGCUUCCCUGACCUGUUUCGGCAGAGCGACGGGACUACGUCUGCCGGCGACCCCAGGCAGCGGAGGAACACAGCAGGUAGGGUCUGCCCGCCUCGGCCAGACUCGGAACCUCUCAUCCUGGCACGCACGGCCGACGGUCAAGUGGUCCAGUUGGUGCAGGAGGUUGCGGGGCACAACCAAUGGAUCAUGGACGAGAUCUGCUCGGCUCAACAAGACGGUGAUAUGGCCUGCGGGCUGGCGGAGCGCGAGAUGCCGGCGCUCUUCAUCAAUCUCAGCGGCAUCCUGGCGACCGAGGGGAGCGAUGCAGACUUCGACAUGGCCUAUAUUGUCGUUAACUGCUGCGUGGCGAUGAGGGAGUAACCGCGCCUUCGCCCUCUGAAGCUUCAACUGCCAACUUGAUGACGUUAUUCGAUUUCAAUAAAUAAAACCGUUUAAAAUGUGUUUUUUUCUACCAUUUAAAAAGACAACAGUAAAGAUUAAUGUGCUUGCGUGCACAACAACAGGUCAUUACUGCAUUCAUGCGUGUGUGCGCCUCAAAUGUCUCUUGUAUGCACCAAUCCGCUCCUGGCGGAACGAGGGCGUGUUUUAAAGUAAAACUGACAGUCCCCGCAUGCAGCAUAGGCGCCCAAGUAUAUACGCGUUUGGCGCGAAGCACGCUGAGUACGCAUGUGAAUUUACUCCAGAAUGCAGGUCUCCAUACACUGUCUUUCUUUCGCCGAUUGGAGUUGCACUUUAGCUCAGGAUAGGCUGUGACCACAGACAUAUAAACACCAAGAUCACCAUAGCCUUUGAUCAUGGAGGUAGAAAUAGAGGGCGCCCGCGGCGAAAUGGAUAGUCACACGACGAACUGCACGCAAGCCCGAAAUUAACCAUGCAUGCGCAUGCAGUAGCCGAGCUGUGUGUGUCGUAGACCGUGCGUGCGUGCGCGCGCGUGCAGGGCGUUCGGUGCGGUUCGUCGUGUAGUCUUUCUUCGUGCGUUGGUUUGGUGCUUAAACUAGUCUCCUCCAGCUCCUCGCUCUUGAGCGACUAUCCAUUUCGCAGCGGGCGCCUUGAUCAAAGGCUAAGACCACCAGUGCUGCUCGUAUGUGAGUUUGGGUGCGUUCGAUUAGCUUACACGUGUAAGUCAAACUGACUCUCGCUCUAAUGACUUUUCCUCACACAAUUGUACGCAUGACGUUGGCACCUUGGUACUUUAUCCCUCACAAUGAGUUGUGGGGAUAAGGUGAACUUGGCAAUUCCCAAAGUCAUUACAUUCACUUCUGUGAUGGCCGAUAUCUUCAGACGUACGCUAGCCAGGCCAGAGUUACCACAGUGCAAAUGGGUACAUCCCAUGCACCAAUAGACCAGAUGUGCAUUUUCACUGACUUUAAAAUGCUUACUUUUUUAUUUAAUCUGUGGAAUACAUGUAUGUUAUUGUAACUAUUUAACAGUUUUUUUCUAGAAUUGAUUGGAACAAUGCGGAAAUAAAUGAACCUUGAAACUGCUGGCAGUACAAUUCAUUUGUAUCAGUUUAAAAUCAAUGUACAAUGACAAAAUUUUCAUCUCACGCAAUCACUUAAAAUCUGUACACUAAUAAAUAUAUGUACAUAUUUUGUGCAAGUUUGCAAAGCCUA